AUGGCGGGAACGUCGCUGUGGGCGUUUGGGCCGAGGAGUCGAGCGCGCGCGGUUGUUUUUCGCGUCGUGCACUCGCAGACGAUGGAGUACGUGAUUCUCGCGCUGAUUAUCACGCAUUUUGCCGCGCUCGUGCUCCUGGCGUCGAGCGGGGAGUCGUCGCGCGUGAUAUCGAGCGUCGCUGAAUUGACGCGGUCGCCGCUGCGCGCGUUGGACGUUGCCGUCACGUGCGCGUACACCGUCGAGGCGGCGGCGAGGAUAUUCGCCCUAGGAUUCAUCGGACACAAACAUGCAUAUAUGGCGAGUGUGUACAACCAGGUCGAUCUCGUCAUCGUCGUCGCGAGCUGGAUGUCGACGGCGCUGCAGUUCCGAGGCAGCGAUUCGCUCAUGACGCGCGUACGAUUUGGGCAGCUUCGAUUAUUUCGCGGGGUGCACGCACUGAAGCGAUUCAAGCUUGCGACUUCCGUCGUUUUCAUCGCUGAGUCGUUGCAAAAGUCAAUCUCGCUGUUGCGGGACGUCGCCGGCAUCACGGUCGUGUGCGCAGUGUUUUACGCGCUCAUGGGCAUGGGAAUAUUCGGAGGGUCACUUCGUCGACGAUGCGUCGAAACUGCGAACUCGAGCACGGUCGAGCUGUUUUAUACCGCCGUGAGCGAUCCAGAGCUCUUUUGUGGCGACGUCAGCAACGUGCUGAAUCACAAGGGCUACGUGUGUCCGGGCGUUUACGAUUCCAACUCGUCUCUCUUCUGCAGCGAUAUGGUGGGCAACCCGCAACACGGAUAUCAGUCGUUCGAUAGUUUCGGGUCGACGCUUCUCGUGAUGUUUCAGACGAUUACUAUCGAGGCUUGGCAAGAAGUGAUGUUUCCGAUCGUGAACGCAGAGUAUAAAGCGUCCGCUGCGUACUUUGUGACUCUCAUCAUCAUCGGCACGUAUUUCAUCGUCUCCGUGUUCGUGGCAGGCGUCAGUGGAGUGUUCCUGCGCCUUCGCAAGGAGCACCAGCUGAUGUUACGAAGCGCAUCGAGUGCUCGCAAUAAUGGCGACUCUGAAGACUUGGAGAGCGAAAUCGCGGUUCGGAAACUGAUUAGACGAUUGAACGGAGGCACGGGCGAGUCAUUCAAUUCAGUCGCCGAGGCGGCGAUGCUUAGGAAAAGAUUGCUGGAAGAGGACGCGUGCGAAGAGACGACGGCCAUACCGAGUGGUGUCGCUCAACCCAAGCGCGAUCGAUUGUCCGCGUUUAUCAACAACGCACAGUUCGAUAGGUUGAUAAAAUUCUGCAUCGCAGCAAACAUCUCUGUGAUGGCGAUGUAUCGCUUUGAUCUGAGCAUCGCGUACAAGCAAUACAUCGCCUUUAUCGAGGGGUUCUUCUUAUCGGCGUUCAUGCUCGAAAUCAUUCUACGAGGAUUCGCGGCAAAGCAUAUCGCACGCCGCAUCGCUACUUUCAAGCUCAGUAACGAGGACGCCAUGCUGAUCUUCGACGCCGUCGUCGUCGGCGUGAGUGCAAUGGUCAUCUGGGGUAAGGGAAUGAACCUAACCUCCUUGAGGAUUCCGAGACUUUUCAAAACCUUUGGUGCGGCAAAGCCUCGGUCUGGGGCCGACACGAUACACCGCGUCUUCCGCUCUCUCGGAUCUUUGUUCUCUCUAUUUUUGUUUUAUGUCGCCGUCUUGGCGAUGUACGCCGUAUUGGGCAUGCAGUUGUUUGCCAACCGUGGUGUGUCGGGCGACGAUGCGCCGCGGCUUAAUUAUGAUACUUUCCCACAAGCUAUGUUAGCAGUGUUCGUCACGAGUACGGGAGAAGGAUGGACAGAACUGAUGUAUCAUGGAGUGCAAAUCACAGAGGCGGCGAUCCCGUUUUACAUUUCGUUCUUCAUUUUGGUCAACUAUAUCAUUCUGAAUUUGGUUAUCGCGGUCGUGCUCGAAAAUUUAGAGCUAAGGGACGUCGAGAAGACCAUCGUCCAGUCUCGGGAGCUGGUGAAGCGCACAGUGAAGAGCACGAUGCGAAACCGUCGAUUCGUUGACUUGAUGGAGCGAGCGCGGGUCAAAUCGAUUUUGACGCUUAGAGGUCGGCGAUGGACUACGGAACGUGUCCAUCGAUUAUCACCUUGGCUCGCGAGUCGUUGGGAGGUAGAAAGCGGUAUAGCAAAAGCUGUAGAGGAAGAAAUCGCAGAAUCGCUCUUGGUGCGAUCGAAAGAGGGAACGGGUGAGAACACUACGCUCGUAAUGUGCGAAUCAACGUUCGUGCAUAUGAAGACACCGGCGAUAGAUGCGCGCGUAGACAUGGCGCCGGCGGAGGUGUCAUCAACAGAGGACUUCUUAGUGUGCUCAAAGUCUGUGCGUGCUCACGACCCUGAGAUCGGAGCACGGGUGGAAAUGAUAUUACCAUCGGCGCCGAAAGCGCCGAGUGGAAUGGUUCACGGCGCGGAUUCUGACGAUGUUAGGAAAGUCAAGCUCAUCUUCGACGACGCCGCAUCGGACGCGAGUGAUUUAGCAUCGAGCGCCGUUCUCCCUUGGUAUAUAACCGAUAAAUCAUUGUGGAUUUUCCCAUCCUCCGGAGAGGUGAGGAAGCGAAUUAAGCGCAUGCUGCAUUCAAAUAUUUACGAGCGAGUCAGUUUCAUCGUCGUGAUGAUGUCCAUUAUCGCGGUCUUGGCAACCAAGCCUGUCGAUCAAGAAAAUCGACUUCAGAUGCAGGUAGACGCUGUGAAUUUCGCAGUUUGUGGAUUUUUCUUAUUUGAUUUUGCGUUAAAUGUCACCGCGCACGGUUUCAUGUUGACUCCGUCGCCGUUCCUCGGGCGGAUUUGGAAUCUGCUUGAUCUCGGUAUUUUGGUGAUCGACGUAAUGAUAGUCGGGUGUCCAAUUAUUUUAGGAGCAUCGUACACACGGUAUUGGCGCCGCGCGUUCAACAUGGCCGCGCCAGUCCGGCCUGUGCGAAUUAUGACGCGCGUCAAAUCCAUGCAACGGCUUGUCAAAUCGCUGGCAGUCACGUUACCCACCAUAGGUUCUAUCAUCAUGCUCACAGGUGGCAUGUUCCUUGCGUUCGCCGUCAUUGGUAUUCGCGAAUAUGGAGGAACGUUCUACAGCUGCAAUGAUGCGACCGUGAGUAGUAAGCUUCAAUGUGUGGGCACGUUUGUGGACAUCGGAGGGGGGGACAUUGUUGUACGCAAGUGGUACAGAAACCUCUUCGAGUUCGAUUGGAUCGGGAGCGCCAUGCUAACACUGCUGGAGACCGCAUCUCUCGAUGGAUGGACAGAGGUUAUGUUUGCAGCAAUGGACAAAACCGGUGUCGACUUGCAACCUCAAUUUGAGCGCAACUGGAGUGCCUCCUUUUACUUCGUCGCAUUCAUCCUGUUGGGAUCAUUUCUGAUGAUUCGCACCAUCAUCGGUGUUUUCAUUCAUCAUUUCGGCAUGAUAUCCGGUCGCAAACUCCUCACUGAACGGCAGAAGCUGUGGCAUGACAUGCACAAGGUGGCGGUAUCGCUCAAGCCGAUUCGGGCGAAAGUCAAACCACCCAGGGGCAUUCGCAGAUACUGUUUUGCUAUCGUCAAUCACGAAAAGUACAGAUCGUUCGUGCUACUCAGCGUGAGCUUAAACGCCGCUUUGAUGGCGACUGAACGAUACGGUGACAAUGGUACACUUUUGGCGCGCGUACGCGCGAUGAGCGAAAUGUGCUUCGUUAGCAUUUACUCAGUCGAGGUGCUGUUACAAGUCGCAGCUGCGUACCCCCGAGUGAACUACUACUUUUCGAACAAGUGGAACGCGUUCGAGCUUUUUCUUGCCGCCGGGUCAGCGGCGACGCUUCGCAGCAAGAGUGGGUCAGUGCGGGAUCAGAUCGGGCGGCCUUUUCGGUUUCUCCGCGUUUUUCGAGUCAUCCGCCACGUACAAUCUUUGCAGAUCCUUGCGAACACGCUUGUUCUCGCGGUGCCAAGUAUUUUAAGUGUAAUGGGGCUGAUGUUAAUAUGGAUGUUCAUGUACGCUGGCAUCGGCACGCAAGUUUUCUCGAAUGUCAAGUACGGUGUCGCGUUGAAUAAGGAUGCGAAUUUCCAAUCCUUCACGAGCUCUUUCCUGUUGCUGUUUCAAGUCGUCACGGGUGAGGGGUGGCGUCAAUAUAUGUACGACCUCAUGGUUAAUGAACCAUAUUGCGUCGACGUCGCGGGUCCGUCUGAUUGCGGGUUCCCAGAUGGAGCGGUCCUGUACUUUGUCACUUAUGUCAUCGCCAUGGGCUACGUCUUCACCAACCUCUUCGUGGCAUCAAUUCUCGAUCACGUCACCUUUGGUGUUUUACGCGAGUCUGCCGUCGUCACACCAAAGCAUCUGUACGAUUUUCAAGAGGCGUGGAGUCUUCACGACCCCAACGCCACCGGUUUCAUCGGCGUCCAUAGACUCGGCGAGUUCCUCCGCGAUCUGGGCACGCCGCUCGCCGUCGAUGUCACUGGCAAGCUCGCGAAUAAAUCCAAAAUCUUCCGUGACCAGGCCAUGCACGCCGCCUCACUUUGGCGUCGACGCAUUGCCUACGAAGCAAUCGUCGUCCGCGAGCCCGGUCGCGGCGUUCCCUUCACCCAACUCCUCGAAUCCCUCCUCGCCACCAAACUCGGCGCCUCGGCGCUCGCGCUUGAGGCCCGCCUCACCAGGCGCCGUCGUCUUCGAGACAUCGAUCACUGGGCCGCCGCCGUCGUCACACAGGCGCACGUUCGCGGAUUUAUCGUUCGCAGGCGUCUUCGCAUCGAGCGCUCCAGGCUCAAAGCGCUCGACGCCGCGCGAUGCGCGACGCGUGCGUCCCGACCCGGAGAGGUCACGCAUUGGGACCUUGACUGUUGA